UUUGUUGGAAGUUGCAAAGUCCUGGAGCCUCCAGAGGGCUGUCGGCGCAGUAGCAGCGAGCAGCAGCGUCCGCGCGCUCCGGCGAGGGGCAGACGAGCUCGAGGGAGCGCGGGACAGCGGGAGCUAAAGCCGAGCGCGGACCGACCCGGGACCCACCGCCGUCCCCAGGCCGCCCAGCAGAGCCCCAGCCAUGGCACACCAACUCUUAUGCUGCGAGGUGGAGACCAUCCGCCGGGCGUACCCCGAUGCCAACCUCCUCAACGACCGGGUGCUGCGGGCCAUGCUCAAGGCGGAGGAGACCUGCGCGCCCUCGGUGUCCUACUUCAAGUGUGUGCAGAAGGAGAUCCUGCCGUCCAUGCGGAAGAUCGUGGCCACCUGGAUGCUGGAGGUCUGUGAGGAGCAGAAGUGCGAGGAAGAGGUCUUCCCGCUGGCCAUGAACUACCUGGACCGCUUCCUGUCGCUGGAGCCCGUGAAAAAGAGCCGCCUGCAGCUGCUGGGGGCCACCUGCAUGUUCGUGGCCUCCAAGAUGAAGGAGACCAUUCCGCUGACGGCCGAGAAGCUGUGCAUCUACACUGACAACUCCAUCCGGCCCGACGAGCUGCUGCAAAUGGAGCUGCUCCUGGUGAACAAGCUCAAGUGGAACCUGGCCGCGAUGACCCCGCACGAUUUCAUCGAGCACUUCCUCUCCAAAAUGCCCGUGGCCGAGGAGAACAAACAGAUCAUCCGGAAGCACGCGCAGACCUUCGUCGCCCUCUGUGCCACAGACGUGAAGUUCAUUUCCAACCCGCCUUCCAUGGUGGCAGCGGGGAGCGUGCUGGCCGCGGUGCAAGGCCUGCCCCUGGGAAGCUCCAACAGCUUCCUGUCCUAUCCGCGCCUCACCCGGUUCCUCUCCAAAGUGAUCAAGUGCGACGCGGACUGCCUCCGGGCGUGCCAGGAGCAGAUCGAGGCCCUGCUGGAGUCCAGCCUGCGCCAGGCCCAGCAGCAGAGCCUAGACCCCAAGGCGGCGGAGGAGGAGGAGGAGGAGGAGGAGGCCGACCUGGCCUGCACACCCACCGACGUUCGAGACGUGAACAUUUGAGGGCGCGCGUGCGCGGCGCGGGAGGGGCCGGCCCCGGGUGCUCCCUGGACAGGACCGCUCCUCGCCAGGACCGGUCACGACCAGAAGGGAAAGCUUCCUUCUCCUUUACUGUCGGUUUUUUUCCUUUGCUCUUUCUCCCUUCCGUCUCUGACAUAAGCAAAAGAAAAAAAAAGUAUCCGAGAAGCUGUCUUUGCUUUCCCUUCAAAAAAAAAGAGAAAAAAAAAAAAAAAAAGGGGAAAAAAAAAAAAAAGUAUUUGCAUAACCCUGAGCUGGGGGGAGGGGGUGGGGGGAGGCUGUGCUACAAAAAUAGAGAAUCUUAUACCCCAUAAUCAACUAGGUCGUAUGCGAACGUGUUUGUGUCUCUGUGUCGUAAGGAUAGGCAUUAACACAAGGAACAAGUCUGCAGGGGAGGAUUAGAUUUGAUUCUUUCUGUGUUUGAAACAAAACGACGGCAAAAAAAAAAAAAAAGAAAGAAAAGCAUGAAAA